AUGUCGGUGGGACCGCGCCCUAGUAAAGAGCAGCGGACGCUGAUGAGGCGGCAUGUCAUGCGUGAUAUCGGUUACUCUCGAAGAAAAUCAAAAGGGGGCUCCGCAUCUGGCAGGCCUCCUGUAAAAGGUGCCCGGAAUUGCGCCCACCCUUGCCUUCGCGAAACCUCCAGUGGCUCAAUAUCAGAUACAGAUCAAGAACGCUUGUCCGACCCAUCAAUCCCAUCAUCCCCCAAUCCUCCACUGGUUGGGCCGAUCGUUCUGGACUAUGAUUCGCAACGCGUUCUAAUGCAUAUGUUUUCUGAUGGUCUUCCUGGCGCAAUGCGAAUUUACAGAGACAGGUGGUACCCAUUAUGUGUAACUGACCCUAUCGCAUUUCAUCAGAUGCUUGCAAGCUAUGCAUUGCACCUUGAUCUUUGGCGCCAAGGGCCUCGGGACCGUUUAGAACCAUUCUCACUCUAUCACCAUUGCAAGGCCUUGUCCGCGGUUCGGGCCCAGUUAUUGGAGCUAGAUCGCCCAGCUUUGGGGGACGUGUUGCUAGCGGUAUCUACUCUAGCUUGCCACGCCCACCUGGUCGGAGACUUAGUGGCUUGGAGGAUUCAUACUUCUGCCAUUAAGUCAAUACUAGCAGAUAGGUCGCCGGUUUUAUCAAAACUAAAUCCGAGUUUGCUAUCUCUAUUACAAUGGGUGGACUCUAUUGGCUCCUACUCUUUCGAUCUAUAUCCUACACUCCAUGUCUAUACAUCAGUGGAACCGAUUACACGAGCGUUAUAUGGCGGCAGGCCCGGUAGCGUGGGAAGACCCUAUGGAAAUCGACAAGCUGGUCCACCCAGUUAUGCAGCUUUUCCUAGCUAUACCAUGUCGCUCUAUGCGCUCGGUCAGAAAUAA